AUAUAGACCGCGGCGUAUGCCUGGAUAGAUUCACUAUUCCUAUUCCUGUCCCGCCGCCGCAAACGAGCGAUCCAUCCGCGAGGCUGUCAAAGUCUUCGCAUGCCGGAGGUCAGUUUCCGACAUCGGCGUUUUCGUGUUCCGAUUGGGUGUUGCCGCAGUUCGGAAUUGGUUUGCUUCCUAAGGAUUUGGUGUUUCGUUUGCUGAGUUGCAGCUAUGCCGAGAAGUUCGAGGCACAAAUCGCACAAACACAGCAAACACUCGUCGAGGGAUUAUUCUGAAUCUGACGAGGAAGUGAUAAAGUCGGAGAAAAGAAGCAAAGACGAGAGUUCGACUAAGGUCCAUCGGGAUUCGGCAUCUGGUGAGAAGCGAAAGGGUUCAUCGCAGGUUCGGGAAGGCAAGGAUAGAGAUCUGGUUGGCCACGGGAACGGCGAAGCCUUGGAGGAUUAUGCUUUGUCGAAACGGCGAAAGGAGAAAGUUGAUGUUAUUGGUGACGAUAGAUGGUGUGGAGAUGGUGACAAUGACGGGGAGAAAGAAAUGCACAAGGGGAGGAGCUCGAGAGGUGACAAUAAGUUGAAGGAGUAUAGCAAUAAGGGCGAUGACAUGGAAAUUGAUUGGAAUAAUAAGAGUAAACGCCAUGAGAGUGGAAUUUCUGGGGAGAGAAAAGAGGAUAGCAUUGCGGCAGGGAAAGAGGAGGGUAAGGUUAAAGGGGAGUCAAAGAGGAGGUCUGAGAGGGAUUCUUCCACACGAAAAGAAGUGAGGGAGUUAAAGGAGAAAGACCACAGAUCAGACAAGGAGAAGAAUGGUGGAUAUGAGGGUAAGGGAGGUGACUCUGAGUUGAAAUUGAUGGAUGGGGAAGUAGGGAAGAAGCAAGCUGCACAGGUGGGGGAUAGUAGCAAGGAGAGACAAAGUAAACGCUUCCGUGAAAAUGCUGAUCAAACAGACGAGCUGCGGAAUGCUGAUUCUGAAAAGGAAGUUGAGAAAAAAACACGCAAGAAGAGAGACGGUUCUAGUGAAAGAGAUAAACAUCACACUGAUUCAAAAGAAGGUGAUGAGAGACGAUUGUCCUCAAGAGGUGACCGAGGAAAGGAUGCCAAAUAUAGAGACACCAAACACAAGGAUUCAAGUUAUGCAGAUAAAUACCAGGAAGAUGGCCACAAAGAUGAAAGGCGAAGGGAUGAAAAGCAUCGGGAUGAAGCUGACAAGGAAAGUAAGUAUCUAGAUGAUAAGUAUAGAGAAGAUGGUGAUAAAGAUGGCAGACGUAGAGGUGAUAGGCAUCGUCAAGAUGGUGAGAGAGAAAGACGAAAGGAUGAAAAACAUCGUGAAGAUAGAGAACGAGAUAGCAUGAGGAAGGAUGAUAAGUAUUGGGAAGGCACUGAAAGAGAAGCUCGUCGAGAUGAGAAGUAUUAUGAAGAUGUUGAUAGGGAUAAAAAACAUAAGGAUGGGCGGUAUGCUGAUAAAGAUGUUAAGCGUGGGGAUGAAAACUACUUGGAGGAUGAAAACACGGACGACAGGCACAGGGACACUCAUAGAGAUGAUGGUAAUAGAAAUAAUAGGCACAGGGAAGAUAAGUAUCGUAAAGAUACUGAAAGGCAUAAGAUAAGUAAGGAAGGGGAUGGGAACGACAAAGACAAGAGGUUGAAAGACAGCAAAUAUUGGGAAGAACCAACCUCAAGAGACCGCUCUAGUCACAGGUCUGAUUCCAAACGAUCUAGGGAUGAUGAUUAUGCUGCUGAUCAUUAUUCUAGAAAAUCAGGUGCAUAUGAUGAUAGUCCCACCCAUGAUGACCGAUCAGCUAGGUAUCGGGAUGAUCAACGUAGAAGAAGAGCUGAUGAGAAGGAAGAUUUUAGUGAUACUAGAUCUCAACCAACCAAGGACAGAAGAUCAGAUGCUGAAAAGAAAAGUACUGGCAGUGAAAGAAUGGAUCCUACUAAUGAUAGAGUAAGGCCUACUUCUAGAACUGCUGAUACGGAACUCACUGCUAGCCACAGUAGAAGGCGGAAUUCACCUCUGACUACUCAUGCCACAAGGGAUGACUACAGGGCUGGUAAGCAUGAUGAGUCGAAGUAUAGAGACUAUAACUAUGAUGAGAGAUCUCGGCACAGCACGUCAUCUCGGGAUUAUGCUGGUGCUUCAGGAGGAUCUGACAAGACUUCAUCUCGUCCAUUAGAGAAACUUGGUCAAAAAGAUGGUAAUUUACCAGAGAUGUCUGCUGAAAGGCAUGUGAAGUCUGAUAUCCACACAUCGCCUUUGGAACAUCAGGAUAAAUCUCUACCGUCAAGUACUGAUCGGAGGCAAUUUAAUAGGUCUGAUGUACGACGGGGUGUAGAUACUGAAGAAUCAACACCAAGGAGUGGUGGUUCCCGGGAUUGGAAAGAAUAUUCUGUCAAGGAAGGUAGGGGAGGCCGGGAGUCGGCCAUGGAUGUACCUCCUGGAGAGGAGUUUUUACAAGCCGAUGCAGACACUUUAUCUGUUUCUUCACCUUAUAUGAGAAACAGCCAUGUUUCUAACAGUUCUAAGACAUUGCCAGCUACCCUUCUCAGGACAGGUGUGGAUAGCCCCUCACCAUUAGGCUCGGGUGAAGACGAGGGUAGAGGUAAGUCAAACAUCCGCCAUAGGAGGAUUAGCGAUUCUAAUAUGGGAAGGAUUCAAGGAAAUUCUUGGAGAGGCACACCAAGCUGGCCUUCACCUGUUGCAAAUGGCUUCUUGCCUUUUCCACCUCCUGUUGGUUUUCAUUCAGUUAUCCAUCCAUUUCCUGCUGCACCUAUGUUUGGUGUCCGUCCAUCGAUGGACUUAGACCAUCCUUCCCCUUACCAUGUGCCUGAUGCCGACAGGUAUUCUGGCCCAGGGUACCCAAUGGGAUGGCGCCCUCAGAUUGAUAACGCUGGUCGUCCAUUACACGCCUGGGAUGCCAGUAAUUCUGUCUUUGCGGAAGGGUCUAACUUUUAUGGGAGGUCUGAUUGGGACCAUGCUGGGAACAUGCCCAGAGGUCAGGACUGGGAGACAAAUGAGGACUUGUUGAGAGGUCCGAAUAGAACUGCAAGCACAGAAAUGACGUUUUCCAACAAGGAUAAUAGCUCAAUGCAAGGUGGAGAGGAAUCUUUAGCUGGUCAGUCCCUUCACCCAGCUCAAAAUGAACAAAGUGGAUCUGAUCAACAGGCAGAAAGCACAGAUGCUAGUCAUCUGACCAAGAACUUAAUUAAACGUGAGGCUGAGGAUCCUCUUAUCAGUCUUGAGGACUCAAGUACCGUUGACAAAAUAUCAACGAAAAAUAAAAUUAGCCUUUGCCAUGUUUACUUUUCCAAACUUGACAUAUCUGCAGAUCUUGCUGAACCUGAACUUUUUAAUGAGUUCAUGGGCUUGCUUGAUGUAGAUCAGAGCAUAUUCUCUGAUGUGGAUUCUUCUAAAAUUCUAUAUAUGGAGGAUGAAGAAGCUAAAAUGGCAUCUCUUAAGGUUCUGAAUCAUUCCCUGUUUGCAUCCACUGAUGAUUCUGUUUUCCAGAAAUCGUUGUCCCUUUAUCAGAAGCAAAAAGUGAACGUGAAGGCCCAAGGUGGCGAAAAACUCAAUUCUCUAAAUAACUCCAUGCCAAAUUCUGAUUUGGAGGAUCAGAAAGUGGAUGAUGUUAAGAUCAAGGAGCACCCAGAAGACAAAAUACAGGUCGAGGAUACACUUCAAAACAUUGAUACUUGUGUUGAUACCAAGAAUUGCUUGGAGGAAGAGGAUAUAGCUACAAAAUCUGAGGAGCCAGUUUCUGCCUCAGAUGCCAACACGCUGAACUUGGAACUUGACCUGCAGCAACCGAACCAUGAUGUUGAUGAGGAGCCAUUGCCGGCUGUAGUCAUUGAGGGGCCUGAGCCUGAAACUCCUACACUAUCUAAUCCCGAAAAUGGAGCCAUGGAGCCUGUGUGUAAGAGUGAGGAACUGAAGUCGCUAGACGAGUCCAAGUGUUGUUCUGAUAUGCCCACUGAGGCAUCUGAGGAUACCAUGCAAGAAUUGGUUGUGUCUGGGUCAGUUAAUUUGAGUCGAAUACAUCAUUCUCCUGAGAAUACACAUUGAGACAAUUUAUAUUUUCGUGAACAUUUUGAAAUGCCUUUGGUGGUAUUAUUCUCAUUAUCACUUUUGGCU